CAUCGUGGGGUGUGUUUCAUUCUAAGGCGCUUGCUCCGAACCGAUAAUCUCGCCGUGAGAAACGCGUCGUCGUCCGUUACGUUCCGUUCCGUCCGCUUGAAAUUCAAAUAUUUAUAAUCGUAUAUUUGUAUUAAAAUAUAAACGCCCGCUUAUUUAUGCGUAUUUUGUGAGACCGCUGACAGUUGAUAAUAGGGCGUGAAGAUUAAAUAAAUUUGUGAGCGAUUUAAAUAAAAUAAUAGGCCUGAAAAAUGAGCCUUAAAAUGGUGGCGAUCGUUAGUGCUCUGCUGCUCCUGUGCACCCUGACCCAUGUCCUUUCGGCAGCCACAACAGUGCGUCCCUACAAGUUCGGCUUCACCAUCGACGAGCAGCAACAUCGGGCCGAGAAAAGAGAUGAACGCGGCAUUGUCAUGGGCGAGUUUGGGUUCAUCACCGCCGAUGGCAUAUACCAUGUGACGGUCUAUGCUACCGAUGAGGAGGGCAAGUUCCGUAUUAUCUCCAUGAAGAGCUAUCCCUACAACGGUCCCGUCGGUCAAAAAACACUGGCCGUGACAACGACUCCGAGGGCCCUGCCACUGCCGCUGCCCAAGAACACCUUCAACACGGAGGGAUGUGCCGGCUGUUUCCUGAAGAAGUCCCCGCCCAAGACAGAGAUUCGCACUCUUUCGCAGCCAUUGGCGCCGGUUGAAGCAGGUAAGCCCGAGGACACUCCGGACUACGGACUGAAUGUCCAGUUGCCCUUCCGGGAGUCCAUUGCCCAGACUGUGGCCAGGCGUCUUGGCUUGGCCCAAGAUGCACAGCAAAGCACCAACACCAACACUUACACGAAUGCACCAAACACUAAACACAUCGAACUUGGUCUCAACUUAGCCUUGAACACAUACUCCACCACCAAGGGCGUUGUGACCGGACAUGUGAGCACUCAGCACUCUAGCUCGCAAUCGCCGAGUGGCAGCACAAAGAUCGACUUCAAUGUGGGACCGCCGGUCUAUCCCCCGUUGAACGUGAAAUUGGACGAGGCCGCCGUCAGGGAAGCCAUCACAUAUGCCGGCAGGAUAGCAGGUGCAGGUCCCUUGGCCCUUGCCAAUCAGCCUCUGGUCGCCCCCGCCUCGGUGCCCGCCAGUCAAGUGAAGAUCUUCGCUGUCGAUGGCCAUGCCAAUGUUCCGCUCGCCAGUAAUAUUCAAACCGUGGCACGCCAUCCAAGUGCGGACAUUAGAAACAUUCUGCGUUCGGGAGUUGCCUCUGCGAAAACACUCACACAGAACCCACACAAAACACCUCUUUUGAAUUCAGCAACCACUGCGGGAAUUCCUGGAGUGUCAGCAAGUUCACCAACCGGAAGUGCACCCUCCAACAGUGGAAGCUUCCCCGCAGGAAGAGCGCCUGGUGGAAGCAUUGGUGGUAAAUCAGGUGUUUCAGGCGUAGGAGCUUCCGGAGGAAGCAAGGCAUCUGGACGUUCCGCUGGCGGAAUCGCGUCAGGAUCUGGAUUCGGAGGAGUCGGCGGUGGAAGCAAAGCCUCUGGACUCGGAGGAGUCGGUGCUGGAAGCAAAGCCUCUGGACUUGGAGGAGUCGGUGCAGGAAGCAAAGCCUCUGGAUUCGGAGGAGUCGGUGCUGGAAGCAAAGCCUCAGGAUUUGGCGGCGGAAUUGGCUCAGGAAGCGGAACUGCCGCUGGCGCCACCGGAGAUCUGUACAAAUUCAAGUACGUGCUGGACUACAAUGGACACGAGGAGACCGGCGGUCGCAAUGGCGACAAGCAGGGCAGCUACUUCGCCAUCGGCGAGGAUGCAGUGCAGCGGACCAUCGAGUACAUUGCGAACGAGUUUGGAUUCCAGCCGCACGUUAGCUGGCGGAAAUUGGACGCCAAGGAGGCACUGCCCGAGGAGAAUUCGCUGAAGCACUACGAGUUCAAGUGGUUCAACCAGGCGCAGUAACCAGGUGAUUCUGAAGCGGAUUAGUCCAUGUUUAGAGUAGCCAGCCACCUCUUUCCCCCUCCCACUUGCUGUACAUAACAAAUUUUGUUAAUUUUCGAAUAAAUACCACGUUUAACAGAUA